AUGCGUCAGCGCGACUGUGAUGAGAUCUGGCCUGGCCGUCUCAACACCACCGGUUUCACACACAUUGUUCUCAGCUUCGCUGUCUUUGAUCCAAAGACUUUUGCUGUUGGUAUGCAGGACCCGAAAGACGAAGAAACUUACAGGCAGUUUCUUCGGUUGUCCAACAGCGUUUCCAAAGGACUUGCUAUUGGUGGAUGGAACAUGUCGAACGAAGGACCGACGCGUACUGCUUGGUCCGACAUGUCCAGUACCAAGUCCAACCGCAAGGCGUUCAUCGACUCACUCAAGCAAUUCCUCCAAAAGUGGAAGUUCUCUGCGAUCGAACUUCAUUGGCAGUGGCCUGGCACCACGAGCCGCGGCGGCAAUCCAGCGGAUACCCAGAACCAGGUCGACUUGGUCCACGAGCUUCGCGACAGCCUAGGGAAAGACUUCGGCAUCUCUGUUGUUCUUCCGGCCCAAUACGAGUAUCUCAAGAGCAUGGAUCCCCUGAAGAUGCAAGACGCUGUUGACUGGUUCACUGUUCUCACUUACGACCUUCAUGGACCAUGGGACGCCACUGUGAAUGGUCUGGGACCCAAGAUCAAGCCUCAUACCGACUUGGCCGAGAUUGACUCUGCUUUGGACCUUCUCCGGGCUGCUCAACUUGAGCCGUCCAAGAUCAACAUGGGUGUGGCCAAUUACGGGCGCGGCUUCACAGUAGCCGAUCAGAAUUGCAAGUACUAUGGCUGCAAAUUUACUGGCCCAAGCAUGGCUGGUAGCUGUACAAAGGAAGACGGUCUGCUCAGUGCGUGCGAGAUUAGAAGGAUCAUCCGGGCAAAAGGUCUGACACCUCAGAUCAUCCCCGGAGGUGCUAGUGUCAAGGAAAUUGCCUGGGAAAACCAGUGGAUAGGAUACGACGACGACGAGACUCUCGGAAUGAAGUUGGAAUUGGCCAACAAGCGAUGCCUUGGGGGCACCUCUCUCUGGGCCAUCGAUUACAACCACUGCGAUGGAGGGAUUGGAGCACCACCACCACCUGGAAACUCUGUUGAACCAGGGCCCUUGCCUUCCGCUCCGAUGAGGCCUACGCAGCCUAUUCCUUCAAACGCUCCUUCAUUCACGACCUCUGAACAGGGUUCAGCUAUUCCACAACCACACAAGGCCGCUUCGAGUGUCCCUUCCAUGGCUCCUUCGGCUACUCCUUCGAUCGCUCCUUCGAAUGUCCCCUCGAUUGCACCUCCAAUCGUACCCCCGGUUGCACCUUCGAUUGCUUCCUCGAUUGCUCCAUCAUACACAAAGUCAGCCCAAGAGUCCAAUUCUCCAUCUUCCACGGUUUGGAGCAGUAACACAGGAUCUCAGAUCGGAUCAAGCCAUUCUGAUACACCCUCUUCAUGGAAAGGUUCGGCUCACCCUAUAGGUGUUACUUCAUUGCCUGGUCCUGUGGUAUCUGUUUCUUCAAUUGCUGGCUCCUCAACUACGAGCUCUCCUGCAGGUUCUUCGUCGUCUUGGUCAAGUGGACAGAGCAGCUUUCAACCAUCCUCCAGCAACUCACCUAGCUCGACUGGUGGUUUUCUCAUUGCGCCUUCAUUGGGGGCUUCUAGCAGACCAGGUGGCUCAGCAACACCCUCCAGCGACCAGGGCAGUUCAAAUGUUGGCUCACCAAGUGCACCACUUUCGCGCCCAUUGGACCUCCCGACAGGCCUCUUCAGCACAACCAUCGUUCCUAGUUCCCUCCCAUCCUCUGGGGCUUUCAGCGACCAGGCCAGCUCACAAUUCGGAUCCAUUACUCAGGGAGUGUCUUUGACAGUCCCAGAAGUACCUUCUUCGUCAGCGCCCGGCGUAAUCUGGCCACCUUUCAGCUUCUCUUCGUCACAAGCUCCCAUCAUGUCGUUCCCAGCUCCAGCCGUAUCCUCACCAGCACCGGGUAUAUCUUUACCAGUGCCUGUUGUGUCUUGGUCAACGCCCGGGGUAUCUUCCUCGCACGCUCCUUCGAUAUCGGUCUUUCCGGGUCCAUGGGUAUCUACAUCAAUGGCCGUCAUAUCUUUGCCGGCUCCAGGUACCUCUGUGGCAUUUUCUUCGGGUCAAGCACCACCUCCCGUAACGCAUAGCAGCUCAGCAGCAAAAUCCUCCGAUCGCGAAACCGUGAGCCCUAAGCCAACCUCAGUCCAAGGCAGCGGUACUCCGCCAAUGGUCACUCCCAUUCCUAUCGCUACCUCCUCGAAAGCGUUGCCUACUAUUAUCGGCUGUCCUGACCAGUGCCGGGGUUUCGAGUGGUGCAAGAUAUUCUGUGAGGGUUGGAAGUUUCCUAGACCUGACUAUGUCCAGCCUCCGCCCGAAUGUCGACUUCCUGAGAAUAGCCAUUGCGACGGCGAUCCAGACUCACACUCCGAUAGUGACCCAGAAUGCAAGCCAAAUGACUGCGUUUCCGAAUGCGUCAAGUGGCGCCUUGUCACAUUCUUGAUAACAAAGCGGCCCAUCUGUCCAUGCGUUCCAAAGAAAUGCGACAAAGACGGCGAAAGCGAUAGCCCGAGCGACAGCGACCGUGACGACCCAAAGAUCAAGCCCAAACCCACUUCACGUCCGAAGGAGAAAAAACCAGACUGCAAGCUUUUUGGGUGCGGCUGCGGAUGGAUGGGGAUCGGAUUUGGCCCUGGCUGUCCUGGGUUAGAGGUUGACCUCACGGUUCCUUGUGGUCUCUUCGGCUGCAAUCCUUGCACAUUCUUUGGAUGCCCGGGCACACAGCCAGAGGGAAUCGUAGGAUACGGUGGAUACUGUCCAGGAAAGGGGUGUGAACCUUGCCCACCAGAGCUUUGCUCUCGUCCAGGAUGUACGCUUCCCGGCGGCUGCGGACCAAAGCCAGGACCUGCACCGACAAAACCGCCAAACCGCCCCGAUCCUGAAGACUGUGAUGACAGCAAGAGGACUAUUGUUACUGAGCGCUUUGUAUGGUGCACAGAAGGUUUCAAUGUCUCGGCGCUUCCCUCCAGCUUACGAGGAACAUCAUCGACCAUGAUCUCUUCCCUUUGUGUGCCAAUGAUUGACGCCACGGUGACCGUUUGUGGCGGCGCAAUGCCUGGCUUUGACACUACGACAACGAUGACAGGAACCAAUACUCUUACGUCUGAUGCGCCAGCAUGCACUCGGGCACCGCUCUCUCUCAAUGAUGACGAAGGCAACAACAUCAUCCGCGAUCCUCUAAACACAUCGACUACCUUUGCCAGCAACACGACGAGCAAGCACUCGACGAGCAAGCACUCGACAAGCAUGAACACGACAUCCACUAGCAAACAAUCGACCAAGACUUCUUUUGCACCACCUUCGCCAACUUUGGGCCAUAUGGACAAGAAUGGAUACUGGAAGGUCAACAUUUCACAGCACAUGGUGGCCGAGUACUCCGAGAUCAAAUGGGUGCUUAUCGAUCCAAACGGCCAUCAUGCUGGCGAACACCAGACCAAAGGCAAUAACAUGAUGAACAUGACCGACACUAUCAAAACAAUCAAACGUCCUGUCGAGCACCAGAUGCCUUUCGAAAUCGACCUCACUGUUUCCGACCCACGCGAUGUCAGCAAAUGCAGGGUCAGCUUCCUCAUGAGCAAGAGCGUACCAGGCUGCGACUUUUUCCCAGGAGCGGGUUGCAAGCCGUACAUGACAACCGAGACAUUUAUCGAAGACAAACCUUUUGCAGUUCAAGUGUGCGAGGACGAGUGCAAGAAGCAAGGCAAAAAGUCACCUUUGUUCUCAACAGACUUGUGGUGUCAAGACUUGAAUGACGCCGACUGGGAGCCUGAAGGUGCCGGCUGGAAGCGUGACUUUCAGUGUGGAUGGAAGGGCUUCUAA